GUCCGGGAUAUUGGUCAGCAGGCAGGGCGAAUCAUUUUGACUGCAAACCACAAGAGUUUCGUAGAGUGGUAAAAGAAAUCAUAAAUCACCCCUUUUAAACACUUUUAAAAGAGGAAACCAUGGCUUCAAACAGUAUAUUUGAGUCAUUUCCUUCUUACCAGCAGUGCUUCAUGAGAGAUACCAGCACCAGCCGCCGCUUCACGCCGCCCUCCACCACUCUGAGCCCGGGCAAGAUGAGCGACGCGCUGCCGCUGGUCGGCCAGGAGAACGGCAGCGGCGCCCUGGCGGGGAAGCUGAGAACCGCAGAUCGCAGCAUGGUGGAGGUCCUAGCCGAUCACCCGGGCGAGCUAGUCCGCACCGACAGCCCCAACUUCCUCUGCUCAGUCCUGCCGACCCAUUGGAGGUGCAACAAGACUUUGCCCAUCGCCUUCAAGGUGGUAGCCUUAGGAGAUGUCCCUGAUGGGACUUUGGUCACGGUAAUGGCUGGAAAUGAUGAAAACUAUUCUGCAGAACUCAGAAAUGCUACUGCUGCAAUGAAAAAUCAAGUGGCUCGAUUUAAUGACUUGAGAUUUGUGGGUAGAAGUGGAAGAGGGAAGAGCUUUACACUGACCAUCACUGUCUUCACAAAUCCACCCCAAGUAGCUACGUACCACAGAGCAAUCAAAAUAACAGUGGAUGGACCUCGAGAGCCAAGAAGACACCGUCAGAAACUAGAUGAGCAGACAAAGCCUGGGAGUUUGUCCUUUUCUGAGCGUCUGAGUGAACUGGAACAGUUGCGUCGUACAGCCAUAAGGGUCAGCCCACACCACCCAAGCCCCACACCUAACCCAAGAGCAUCCUUGAACCACACCACUGCUUUUAACCCACAGCCACAAAGCCAGAUUCAGGAUACAAGGCAACUUCAGCCAUCUCCCCCUUGGCCUUAUGAUCCAUCUUAUCAAUAUCUGGGACCAAUUGCAACUCCAUCAGUUCAUACAGCAACACCAAUUUCACCCGGAAGAGCUAGUGGAAUGACCUCCCUCUCUGCUGAACUUUCUAGCCGACUGACAGGUGCAUCUGACUUAACAGCAUUCAGUGAUCCAAGAGUAGGAAUUGAUCGCCCUUUCCCUGCAAUUCCUUCCAUUUCUGAUCCUCGUAUGCACUAUCCAGGAGCAUUCACCUAUACUCCAACACCUGUCAGCUCAGGAAUAGGAAUUGGUAUGUCUGCCAUGACCACUGCCACCAGAUACCACACUUAUCUACCGCCUCCUUACCCAGGUUCUUCUCAGGCUCAAGGUGGCCCAUUUCAGACCAGCUCGCCCUCUUAUCAUCUCUACUAUGGAACAUCAGCAGGAUCAUACCAGUUUUCCAUGAUGUCUGGAGGAGAUCGGUCACCUCCACGUAUUCUUCCUCCUUGCACUAAUGCUUCCACAGGAUCUACUCUUCUCAACCCCAAUCUUCCAAAUCAAAAUGAUGUUGUGGACACAGAAGGUAGCCAUAGCAACUCUCCUACUAACAUGGGAACCACAGCAAGGCUAGAAGAAGCAGUAUGGCGACCGUAUUGAAUGAAUUAUUAGCAAAGAUGGGCUGGGACAAAAAUAUUUUAUCUGCUGAUGUCCAUGGUUUCCUCAUGAAUGGCUGUGGGCACUGCCAUGUUUAUAUAUCACUCUGAGAAGCAAUCAUUCCAGAAGUCAGUGUUUCCAGGAAUGGUGUCACAAUGGUAUCCAGUAGAUUUUAGUCAGUGAAGUGAUAACAUUCCAAAAAUUAUACUUGUCCAAGGGCUGAACUUCUGAAAAUGAAAGCAUUUAAAAUGGCAGUACUCACUCACUUUUUGUCUAUAGAUAUGGAGAAAUGUAGAUGUUCUAUGUUUCCAGAGCUUGAGACUUCAAAAACAGUUUUGGAGUACCUCAAAGCUUGUAAAAAGUGUUUUGUUUGACAUCUGAUUGAAGACUUAAAGCCUAACACAAUCUCAAUGAGCUUAAUCAAUUAUUUUGACCUACUAGUUAAAAAGAAGUAUAGGAAGAUUCUCAGAGAGAAACUGUGAAUGCUUCUGAUUUAGCAAUGCUGUGAAUGAGACGUUUUAUAUCCUGGAAUUAUUUUUUUUAACCAAGUUAUAUAUUCCAAAGUGUAUGGGAUUUUUUUUAAAAAAAAUUAUUAAUUUUUUAGGAUGCAACUCAUCCUUCUUUGCAUAUCAUUUUUAAUUUCCUGUUUUGGCACCUUAAAAUUUGCAAAAAGAUUUAAUCUUUUUUUUAAAAAUGUGCUUCCUUUUCUUGUACUUUGUCAACUGAAGGCAUAAAUCCUCCCACUUCCAGGGGGGUAAUUUAAUUCUUCCUUUAAUAUAAAAGAGCAACAGCCUUGAGUCCUUUUCAACUACUGAAAACGUAUAUGAUGAGUUACUCGAUAUUUAUGCUCAGCAUUGAAUUUUGUUUGUGUAAUACCUUUAUUAUUUAAAUAUGCUUAAAGAUAAGCACAUGCAUUUUUGUAGCAACCAAAGUUUAAAACUAUCACAUAUAAAAUGGCUGGAAUAAUUAUGGGUAAUGUGAUUUUUAAUUAUUUAGAAGUAUUGUGUUUACAUUUAGCUCCAUUUCAGUUUCAUCAUUCAAUAUACAAUGAAGUUGUUUUUGUCCAGUUGAGAAUUCAGAAUUAUUUUAUAUGUCAGUAUAAUAGAAAUAUAUUGGUGUCUGUGUGUUUCCAUUCUAUAAAAGAACUUCACACCAAAUUUUGGCACAAUUUUAUUUAAACAGUAGUCAUGGAAUAUAGAGUAACACUGGGAGACAGUGGCUGGAUAGCAGUUCCUGUGAUAGCACUCGGAGCUUCCAGCACAGCUGGAUGAUGUACUGCACCAACAUCUAAAGGCAACCAAACUGAGUAGUAAAGUCAAACAAAGCUGGAUGCUGUAACACCACAUUAGUAAGUUGCUUCUGUGUUAUGGGCAGAAUCUGACAAAAUCCUGGAUAUUCUACCCUGAGCUAGUGGAAGAUGCAAGAAUUUAUUUAAGGCUCUGAUCCUAAGCACAAUAAUCUGGACAGAUGUUCCACUGAAAUUGUCGGACCAAACAGAUGUGACAGACAGUCACACGUAUCUUCCUUUGGUUAUUUUUUUGUUAAUUAUAAAUAUUGGGGGAGGGUUGAGUUUCAGUGAUAGAACAGCAUGGGAACUAAAGUUUUUUCAACUCUCCUCCCCAGUGCUUUUCACCCCUGAGGGGACAAGAUAUGGGUAUCUCUGUAUUACAGGAGAGAAAAAUAAGUAGUUCUUUCCACAUACCAUUCUUCUCAAACUUGGAGCCUGUUACGGUUGGUUUUGAUUUUAAAGAAAGAAUGAAAUGUGUGUCUGCUUGUCACAUCUAGUUUGGGACCCAGUUCCACAUAAAAUGCAUGUAGGAUUUUGAGCAGACCAGGAUUGUGAUCUCGUGUUCACUUACUGAGGAGUAAGACUCGUUUACCUCAGCAAGACUCACUUCAAUGCGUUAGAUUGCAUUAUACGAUAUUCAGCAUCUUGCGAAAGUAAGUAAACCCAAAGUUGGGCAAGUAAAGUAAAAUAAUAUUCAGAACUGGUACACAGCACACAUAUAUAUAAAAUAGCUCAACUGGAGUGUUGUUCUGGAACUAUCACAGUUGUCUGUUACACCUGAAACAUAGAAAACAUCACUGUAAAUUUUAAGGCACUAUUUUAUGUGAGAGUUUGGUCUGAAUGCAGUUGUACUCUUCAUUAAAGAAAAACAGCUGAAGUCAACAGAUCCAGAACGAUCUUUUGAUUGUUAGUUAAUAGACCUUUUAAAAAAUUGGUAGAACAAUCGCAGGUCAACUCUUGAGAGUAUUUAAAAGCAGGCCUUUAAAUCAGUGUUGAUUGUUGAAAACAUGAAAAAAGGAUUCAGUUUAGAAAAAUCCUUGGCUGCAGGCAGCAAAACAUCUGGACUUAUUUAAAGUAUUUGUUUCUUUAUAUAUCUCCCUCUCUAUGUAGAUUUUGCUUUUACAUUCUUUGUAUGUCUGAUGCAGUAGCACUUUGGUAUAAUUGUUACAGAGUGAAGCAGCUAUGUCAUCAGUCAGGUCAACAUUCUUCAGAACAUUAUCAUGCCCUUUCAUUUUCAUAUUUCAUUUUACUAUUACACUAUUGAAGGUUAAUGCUAUACUCUAUUUGAGUUAGUUUUACAACCAGAAGAGUUAAAAUUUCCUUUUUUAAAAAAUCUGGAAGAUACAAGGCUAUUCUAUGACUGAAAUGAAAAAAAAAGUUUCAGUCCUACCAAAUGAUUAUCAUCUGCUUUGCAGACUUUUCAUGUAUUGAAUUCCUUAUGAUGCAAGUGACAUUGAAAGUGUUCUAUAAGUUUUCCUUGGGAUUCAUCUUCAGAUAUAACACAUUUUCUUUCAUAAGGGCUUAUUGCAGAUAUCCAUUUAGACCAGAAAAAUGGCAACCAUUUAUGAUAGAUGUCAUAAAUCAUAUCCCCAUUUAUAUACACUUUAUGCCUCAGAAACAGUCUGUAUAGUGCCACUGGACUUUGGUUUUGUUUUACUACAAUAGACUAACUUGGUUACUCCACUGGGAUUACCAGAAACUGGGUGCCAUUGUAUUAGAGGAAUUCACUGUCUAUACACCUGCACUUUUGACAAUCUAGUUUAGAAUCAACCUUCCCAAAUGGACUGGGAUGGAGCUAGUGUAGAAAGAAUGAAUUUGACCAGGACAAGAGAGAUCCUGUGGAAGUGCAGUUUGCAGGGCCAGCUCAAUUAGUAUUACAUAACAUAUAAAAGACACUGCGUAUUAAUAGAGAAGAUUGCACUGGGUUUAUGUUUCUGAAAGUUGCUAGUAUCUUCUUAUGGCCAUUCUACCUACAUUCAUUCUAUUAUAAUAAUAAUAAUAAUAACAUUCAAUUUAUAUACUGCCCUUCAGGACAACUUAAUGCCCACUCAGAGUGGUUUACAAAGUAUGCCAUUAUUAUCCCCACAACAAAACACCCUGUGAGGUGGGUGGGGCUGAGAGAGCUCCAGAGAACUGUGACUAGCCCAAGGUCACCCAGCUGGCUUCAAGUGGAGGAGUGGAGAAUCAAACCUGGCUCUCCAGAUUAGAAUCCUGCAUUCUUGUCUUAACCACUACACCAAACUGGCUCUCCUACCCCAUUUGUUUGUUAUAAGCACUCAAAACUGAGAGGGCUCUCACACAAGAAAACCUGGAAGUCUUACUCUUACUGCUAAUCAGUCAAAAUAACUGUAUCUAGCACUUCACCUGCAUCUACUUACCAUUCACUAUUCUGCUCCGGUUACCAGCCUGCCUUCCUGGAAUGCUGUUGUACCUGGAUUAAAUACUCCCUAGACCAAACGUUUCCUAGAUUAAGAUUGAAGUUGUAUCAAUUAUUGCCCACCUCAUCCUUUACUCCAUCUUAAAUCUGUAUUAUCACUGAGGAACUCUGAAUUUAGUACCACUCAAGCAUACAAUCAUUACUAUUUUAUCAAAAACAUUAGCUUUGCCUUUUACAAGGCAUUUUUGUCAUCAAUAAGAGUCAGUAAAUUCUGAAAUCCUAAACAUGAUUAAACAUAAGUAAAUGUCAUUGUUUUAGAAUUUCAGAAUAAGUGUAUUUCAGACUGAGAGACAUUUAGUUUUAUAAUCUUGCAGAGUACUUUCUUCUUUUUAAUAACAUACAUAAUUCCACAAGGUAUUUCUUCUAAUGCCACAGUUCCCAAAACUUUAUUUGUGUCUAAGUCUGUACCACUUCAGAAUGUGAUUUUCCCUACCCUGAAAAAUUACAAUCACUUGACCGUGUAGAUUGAUACUGAGGGUCCUGUUGAAUGUGCAACCUCUCACAAGUGUGGUAAAUAACAAUAGGAAAAGAGCAGCAGUGCAAUUUGCACAUUGUUCAUAAGAGUUUCACUCUUGUGAGAUUACAGUUCUAUUGGACCACUAGAUACACUCCCUAUUCCUGAAUAUGAACCAGCAACUGAUAGAUCAUUGGACUCAGUGGCUUGGAUCCAGUGAUGUGCAAGCAGAAAUGUAAACAGACUUAGCAGUUUUGCUUUCACAAGAUAUUUCACUUUCCUCCCUAUGUGUUACAGUGCCCAGAAUUAGCUUGCAAAUAUCUUGCACAAGCAGUAAAGCAGUUUGGGAUACGUUAUGUUUAACUUAGUACAUGAGGCUAGCAUGAAUUUUUCCCACUUUAGCUAGAACUUUAGUGCAUGUGAAAGUCUUUCAAUGGAUCUUAGCUAAUAAUUCCCUUUAGGAUUAUUCUUCUAGUCAGUUGCUCCAAUGCUCAAACACAGGAUGUUCAGUGGUCAAAUAAAACCAGGAUAAGGAGCAGUAAUCUGACGUUCCUUUUUGCUGAAGCUAACUGAAAUCACUACAUCCAGCAUGUGAAAGAUACUUUUGUCAUCACAUAUAUAUACACAUUAACCAAAUAUUAGAAAUACUUGUGAUGCUAAAUUACAAUUCUAAUUUAAACAAUAUUCCAUUAUAAAUUUUACUCUGCAAGAAGGAUGUUAACUAUUCCAUUUUGGAAAGUAUAACUGUACUCGAAAAUACUGACUUAAGCAGUAUCUUUCUAAAAUAGAUCAUAACAACAAUAACUAGUCAGUGGUGAAUACUGAGGAAUCCCUUUUCAUUUAAAUGAACAGCAGUGUCUAUAAUCCAGUUAAUCUGAAGCAGAAGGAUUUAAAACAGUUUUAAUUUACUCAGUUUUAAUAGAACUACACAGACCUAAACUUUAAAAAAAAAUAAAAACAGUCUCUUUUAGGGGUGGAAAUAACUUCUCUAAUGUAACUCUGGAAAUAUGUCUUUGUCCUCUACCAGUAUAAAUAAACAUUAUUCCUGAGUGCUAAGACUUUUAUAAAGACAGUAUCCCUUAACCCCUUAAACUGAUUUUCCACAGAUGUCCCUCAACCAUAUAUCAUUCUUAAUUUCUUCUGCCCUCAAAAUACUUCACUACUUUUUCCUAGAUAACACACAUUAUUCAUUGCUUGACAUUUUUUGUUUAUACAUUUUUUAUUUUAUUUUAUAAGGCUUUUUAUGCCUUACUGCAUCUUUCUUAAUUUUGUUUGUUCAAUAACAGUUAUUUUCCCCUCACUAAACCGUAAAAAGGGUUAUAUCAGGAGACUUCAUUGUAUUUAUGUAUGUAAAUAGGUUUAAAAAAACAUUAAAAUAUUGUUAAUGCUUGUAAGUAGUCAACCUUUUUCCUUUGUUACAUCUUAUUCUGAACUUGACUUUGCAUUUGCUGAAUGCUGUAGAAACUUGUUUCUUCUCGACUUCAUUAUUUUAGGAUUUGAGAUUUAACUCUUUUGGUUUUUUGUAAGCAGUUACAGCAUGGCUUCAUAUGGGCACAUCAAAACCUCUUCACUUUUUUUGUAGGAGAAAAUGAAUGUGCAAACAAAUGUGGAUUAUUUGUGGUAUUCUGGAUAUAACAUAAACAACUGGGGGAGGGGACAUGUUUCUAUGAGAAAUGAGGGUGUGAUCAAUCUGAUAGAUGAACACAAUGGCAAGCAGGGCCCUUUUGGAAACAUAUAUUUGGAUAUGUGAGUUCAGAAUUUUCUGGGCAUAUUUACAACCAACUUAAGAUGUGUAAAAGAAUUGCCACAUCUUCUUCUUGAUACUGCUACACAGAUCACUUUCAGAAAGGGAGAUCUUUUUUUCUUCCAGUGAUCACUCUGUUCUCUAACUAGUAUGAGACCAGAGUCUAUUUUCCCCACACCAACAGGUCUCUAGAUAUCACUGUAUCUGAGUAGGCACUUCCUCUACAUAGUAAGGUCAGAGUGUUCAGGCUGGCAUGUGGAGCAGCUGGACUGCUGUAUUAGUUCUAGUGGGAAGUUGCUUUCUUUGUACCACAAUUUCUUCUGUAAAUUCAAUAUUAUACUUAGUGUGAAUGACAAAUAAACUGUUUGAGAAGUAUACAA